GACUCGCCCGCGCUUCUGCAUCUUCACUACUACUACUUAGUUACUGAAUCAACUUUGUUCUAUGGCCAAUUUGUCAAUCACUUCUUAGCAUCUACACCUCACCACCUCUAUACUCUUCCAUUCUACCUCCUCACGCUCGGUCAACGGUUGACAGUCCGGAUAGCUGUGUUAAUCCUUGGUUGUAUCUCUUACGCUGCCACCACCAUGGCCUGCCACACACGUUCGCUCUCUGCCCUCUAAACCAGUCACAUCAAACUCCUUCCUUUCUCCGCCCUCGGCCAUGGUCUCGACUUGCAGCCCAAUGCUGCUCGCCUUCAGACCCUUUCAGCAUGGCUCCCGCUUGACCAACUUGGACCAGAAUAUCCUUCUCUCUCUGUACAAUUCUGCCCCGAGGCAUUCCCGGUUAUUACCUCGCGCAUUCAAACCCAUUCCACAUGUACCAGCUACUUUCCAACGUUCACUCGUCACCCUCUCUGCAAGACCCAGGUCUACUCCUUCCAUCGCAUUACCGUGGAGUCCCACCACAACCUCUUCACGCCUGUCGCAACAACCACACCCUCGCUUCUUCUCUAUUUCUCGGUCCUUCCGUGAGACUCCCACCCCUGUUAUCCGAGAGCAGAAGCGAGCCAAGCGGGAUGAUGACGCCGAUCCUGAGGAGGAGGAGGUCGCAUUUCAAAAGAGUGAAAAGGCUGCUCAGGCCUCUCAUGUCAACCUUAGCGCUCGACUAUCGAAAGAGGGUGCCGGAGGAAAGUCUUCAGGCUUUGGUGAGAUAUGGCGCUUGAUCAGGAUUGCCCGCCCAGAAGCUGGAGUUCUUGUUUGGGCCUUUGUCUUCCUGCUCAUUUCCUCCUCCAUCACUAUGUCCAUUCCUUUUUCAAUUGGCAAGAUCAUGGAUAUUGCAACAAAAGGCGGAGCCAAGACCGACGGCCCUGAGUCUGAAGAGUCCUCUGACGUGCUCUUCGGCCUGAGCGUCACCACCUUCUAUACCGCCCUCCUGGCCAUCUUAGCCACCGGUGCUGCAGCAAACUAUGGGCGCAUCAUUAUCCUGCGUAUUGUCGGCGAAAGAAUUGUUGCUCGGCUCCGCGCCCGACUUUUCCGCCAGACCUACGUCCAAAAUGCCGAAUUUUUCGAUGCUAAUCGGGUCGGCGAUCUCAUAUCUCGACUAAGUUCCGACACCAUAAUUGUGGGCAAGUCCAUCACACAGAAUCUCUCAGAUGGUCUCCGGUCCUUUGUCAGCGGUGCGGCUGGCUUUGGCCUGAUGGCUUGGGUUUCUCUGAAGUUGACUGGCAUCUUGACCCUGUUAUUCCCACCAGUAGCAAUCGCCGCCUUCUUCUACGGUCGCGCUAUUCGCAAUCUCAGCCGGAAGAUCCAGAAGAACCUCGGCACCCUAACAAAAAUCGCCGAGGAGAGAUUGGGCAAUGUGCGGACCUCGCAGGCUUUUGCGGGUGAAAUUCUAGAAGUCCAUCGCUACAACACCCAGGUCCGCAAAAUCUUCGAUCUUGGCAAGAAGGAGUCGCUGAUCAGCGCUACCUUUUUCUCUACAACGGGCUUCAUGGGCAACGUGACGAUCCUGACACUCCUCUAUGUCGGAGGCGGGAUGGUUUCUAGCGGCACCAUCAGUAUUGGGGAACUGACUUCCUUCCUCAUGUACACGGCCUAUGCCGGUUCAUCCCUGUUUGGCCUGUCAUCAUUCUACUCGGAAUUGAUGAAAGGUGUGGGAGCUGCGUCGAGGUUGUUCGAGUUACAAGACCGCGAGCCCACAAUAUCACCCACCCGAGGCGACCGAGUCGUCUCGGCACGUGGCCCCAUCCAAUUCAAGAACCUCACCUUCAGCUACCCAACUCGGCCAGCCGUCACAAUCUUCCGAGAUCUCAACUUUGAAAUCCCCCAAGGUACCAAUGUCGCCAUUGUCGGUCCGUCUGGGGGAGGUAAGAGCACCAUUGCAUCCUUGAUCCUGCGGUUCUACGUCCCCAACGAGGGCCAGAUCUUGAUCAAUGGCAAAGACAUUGCAGAAAUGAACAUCAAGUCGUUAAGACGCAAGAUUGGAAUUGUUUCUCAAGAACCCGUGCUCUUCUCCGGCACCAUUGCGGAAAAUAUUGCCUACGGUCGACCACACGCGACGAGGGCGGAAAUCUUACGAGCAGCCAGGAGGGCCAACUGUCAAUUCAUAAGUGACUUCCCAGAUGGACUGGACACGUUCGUCGGGGCUCGAGGAGCCCAAUUGUCUGGUGGUCAAAAACAGCGAAUCGCAAUUGCUCGAGCACUGGUCAAGGAUCCGGAUAUUUUGAUCCUGGAUGAAGCUACGUCGGCUUUGGACGCUGAAUCCGAGACCUUGGUGAAUGAAGCGUUGGCCGCUUUAUUGAGAGGGAACAACACCACCAUCUCGAUCGCACAUCGACUGUCGACCAUUAAACGAUCAGAUACCAUCAUCUGUCUGGGCAGUGACGGCCAGGUGGCCGAGAUGGGUUCGUACAAGGAACUGAGCAGUCGACCUGACGGCGCCUUUACGAAGUUGAUGGAAUGGCAAAUGAGUGGAGGCGAGGCUGAGCGGUCCAAGCUCAACAAGCUGGCCAUCGACGCAGAUAGAGCAGGCCCUCCGAGCGAGAAGGACGCUAUCGAAGCCGAUCUGGAGGAAGACGAUGGAGACCAGGAGGAGGACGAGGAGGAGAGGCUCAAAUCCAGCAAGGCAGAGGAAAUCGUUUCUGGGGCAGCGGAAUCGAAAAAGCCAUGAUCAAGGCGACCAUUUGUGGGACGUCAAGUCUGGAAAAGGAGACACAAUCCAUAUAAGCCACUUGAAUGCCGUUCAAGGCGAGUGAGGUGUUUUGGUGACGGCAAGGCUUUGAUAUCACGUGACCUACAUUGUUACCACUAGCAUGCUACAAUAUGACUAGAUUCCCUUCUCUUUCUGGGCUAACCAUUCGAUACUGCAUACUACCUAUCUAAUUGUUUCGAC